AUGUCGGAACACGAUGGAAAAAAAGGAACAUCAGCUGAACCUCGAGAAGAAGUUUCAGGAACAGCUGGUUUAGAACGAACAGUUGGAACAACAGCAACAUCAACUGGAACAUAUGAACGAAUUGGUGUUGCACCUGCUAUGCCCGAUACAGGAAGUCUUGCUCAUUCUCAUGUUGGUGGAGGUGAAGAACGUUUAGGACCAACAUCUGGAUUAGGUACUAAUACAGGAGCAGGUGGAUUAACAACAAUUACUUCAAAGAACGAUCAAGAUAAUAAUUCAAAAAAAUAA